UUUCUGUCCUGGUCUGAGCCACCAGGUGAGGAGAGGAGAGGAGAGGAGUUUCAGUCCUUAGGAUUUGUGUUUCUGGAGGAGAGGGGAGCCUGAGACAAGUCUUCAUCAUGGCUCGGGAUUUUAACAUGCUCCAAAUUGUCAUGCUCCUUCAGGUGCUCUGUCUGGCCCUGGGUCAAGUGACUGGCCCACCUGGAGCUCUGGGCCCUCGUGGUCUCCCCGGCCCUUCAGGUACCCCCGGAGCCGACGGCAUCGAUGGAGAAAAAGGGCCUCCUGGGCCUCCUGGACCUCGUGGUCAGAAGGGAGAUCCGGGCCAGCCGGGCCCAGACGGUCCUCCUGGGGAAGAUGGAAUUGAUGGUCUGACUGGAGGAAAGGGUGAAAGAGGUCCCCGUGGAAACCUUGGACAAAAGGGUCUACCUGGGCCUACUGGACCACAAGGACCAGUUGGACUUGGGCUUCCUGGACUUCCUGGACCAGCAGGUCCGAUCGGUCUUCCUGGGGAAAUUGGAAUCCCUGGUCCCAAGGGAGCUACAGGAUCUUUAGGACCACCAGGUUUGCCAGGACCUCCAGGGAAACCUGGGCCACCUGGGAAGUUCUUGGGUUCAGAAGAAGGCAGUGCUGAUUUCCAGUGUCCAACUAACUGUCCACCUGGGCCUAAAGGUCCUCAAGGCCUGCACGGCAUGAAGGGUCAUAAAGGUCGGGCUGGUAUACUAGGAGCUCCAGGAAACAUUGGAAAGCCGGGCAUAAAGGGAGAUAGUGGGAUCUCUGGUGAGCAAGGAAUACCAGGCCCUCCAGGUCCACAGGGGUUGAGAGGGUAUCCAGGAAUGGUUGGGCCCAAAGGAGAGAGGGGCCCUCAAGGAUACAAAGGUAUUACUGGGCCCAUUGGACAUCCUGGAAUCCCUGGUAAAGAGGGACCUCGAGGUUCUCCUGGAGAGGCUGGUGAAAAAGGUGAUAAGGGUGACCAAGGCAUCAGAGGACUACAGGGAGCAGUUGGAAAGAAGGGAGAGAACGGUCUCCCAGGGAUUGAUGGCAAAGACGGCACCCCUGGCAUUCCAGGAAUAAAGGGUGCUCCAGGACAGAAUGGAAGACCUGGUCCACCAGGCCACCAGGGGACAGCAGGUUUGCCUGGAAGUCCUGGCACCAAGGGUGGUGUGGGUGCUAAGGGUGAGCCAGGACCUAGAGGUUUUAUAGGAAUGUCUGGUGCUCCUGGUCCACAGGGUGAGCCAGGACCACCAGGUGAAGCUGGUAUGACCGGAGUUCCUGGGCCAAAGGGUGACAGGGGUGAGAGAGGACCUGUUGGGCUUCAGGGAAUCAUUGGCAAGCCUGGAAUUAAAGGAGAACGAGGGCCAAUCGGUAUACCAGGAGCUCAAGGCCUUACUGGAACCAAAGGAGAUAAGGGAUUCCAAGGCAAAGUGGGAGCAAAGGGAGACUUUGGCGAUCCAGGAGUAGAGGGAUUGGCAGGAGAAAAGGGAGAAAAGGGGCUGUCUGGUGAACCCGGCCCCAAAGGACAGCAAGGAGUGAGGGGUGAUCCAGGACACAACGGACCUACAGGCGAUCCCGGAAAACCUGGAGACCUGGGUCCUUCUGGUCUUCCUGGACCACGAGGCCUCCAUGGAGUGAGAGGUGCACCCGGCAUGCCAGGAAUAGAGGGACCAGCUGGUCAUGAUUUCUCAGAUCAACACAUCAUUGAUGUGGUCAUGAAGAUGCUACAAGAAAGGUUAGCUGUUUUAGCAGUGAGCGCUAAGAGGGAAGCAAUAGGAGGAGCAGGAGUAAUGGGACCACCAGGUCCUCCAGGUCCUCCCGGACGUCCGGGUCCUCAGGGGAGCCAUGGCCUUACUGGUACCCGAGGCAUCCCUGGCAUGAUUGGAGCUGCAGGCCAAAUUGGGAACACUGGCCCUAAAGGAAGGAAAGGUCUAAAAGGAGUGAUAGGAGACCCUGGUCGCCCUCAUCCAGGUCUACCAGGACCACCUGGCUUUCCAGGUCCUCCCGGUCUGGAUGGAGUUGCACGAGACGGCAAACCAGGAGAAAGAGGGCCUCCGGGUGCAGCGGGUCAACCAGGUUAUCCUGGAAAAGUAGGUCCUCCUGGCCUUCCUGGCUUCUGUGAAAUGGCCGCAUGCCUGGCGGCAUCAGCUUACACUUCCCCACGACUCCAGGAAGCUGGCACAGUCAAGGGACCAUCCACUUAAUGCCUUAAAACAUCAGAAGACAAACACACAGCCCUUUCCUUCCUAGGACACCAGCAUGGUGCAACAGUCCUGAGUGGCUGACUUUACAGUUUUUUUUUGUGCGUGUGACUGGGUGCGUGUGUGUGUAUGAAAAAGUGGUGACUAGGAUUCAUCAAAACUGUAAUCUAGGCUCGUCGCCAUCCCACCCUGAGUGCAACGAGAUGUGAAAAUGCCAUCAUUUGGAUAUCAAGAUGACAAUCAGAUCUACGGGCAUCCGUAACUCAGAGACUGAAAUCUACUCCCUGGUGCCGUUUCUUGUUGGUAGUGGUCACUACAUAUGUUUGAUUAUAAAAAAAACAUUAAUAAAACAGGACAUGGUCAAGACUUCACCUGAAAAUUUACCAACAGUAAUAAUCGUAAUAAUAAAAAUCCCAUAACAAUAGUGUUUAAUUUUGUAACUUAUUGUUAAUAACCUCAUGGAAAUUCCUUUAAGCUUAUAGUUGCUGUGUACAUUACGCCCCUCUGUGAGCCUAGAAAUAAACCUAUUCUACUCUUUG